AUGCGCACGCAUCGACCUCAACCAACUUUUGAGCUUGUCUUCCUCGGACCUCCUCAUACUACCAUUCUAUUUAUUCUUCCUCGCCUCCUCUCCGCAAUGAAGAAGAGCGAAACGUUCACUCACCCCCUUUACUCCGUCGAAUCUACUGCUGGGAUGCAGUACCAAACGUCUAGUCGUGGUUCGCAAGGGCCGUUGCAGGCUACUUAUCCUGCUUACAUGGUCCCAAUAACGACCAACUGGCUCCCAACCCUCAACUCCGCUGGCAUCAACAUCUCCCCCGACCCAUACAACGGCAUCAACACAGGCGGGUUCUUCGCCACGUCCGCUAUAAACCCUUCCAACUGGACCCGCUCUUCAGCCAAAGCGGCGUAUUAA